AUGCAACAGAGAUCAAGAGGGAUCAACGCUGGGCUGCUUUUGCUCCUUUCCCAAGUCUACCACAUGGGGAUCAACAAUAUCCCACCUGUCACCCUAGCUACGUUGGCUCUGAACAUCUGGUUCUUCUUGAGUCCCGUGAAACCCCUUUAUGGCUCCUGCAUUAGCGUGGAAAAGUGCUACCAGCAAAGAGACUGGCAGCGUUUGCUGCUGUCCCCCGUUCACCAUGCUGAUGAUUGGCACCUGUAUUUCAAUAUGGCGUCCAUGCUGUGGAAAGGAUCCAAACUGGAGAGGAGACUGGGAAGUAGGUGGUUUGCUUACAUCAUCGUCACCUUCUCCCUGCUCACGGGGAUAGUGUACCUGCUUCUGGAACUUUCUCUUGCGACAUUUAUGGACGAACCUGCAUUCCAAAGGAAUUGUGCUGUAGGCUUCUCAGGAGUUUUGUUUGCUUUGAAAGUUCUUAACAACCAUUAUUGUCCCGGAGGCUACGUUAGUGUUUGGGGCUUUCCAGUACCCAACAGAUAUGCUUGCUGGGCAGAACUUGUGGCUAUUCACUUAGUCACGCCAGGGACUUCCUUUGCGGGGCAUCUGGCCGGGAUUCUCGUGGGACUGAUGUACACUCAGGGGCCUCUGAAGAAAAUCAUGGAAAUAUGUGCAGGCACUUUUUCUUCCGAUAUUGGUUACCCAGGGCAGCAAUACUACUAUCAUAAUGCAGGCUACUAUGGGUAUCAGGACCCUCCUCCACGUGGCACACCAGGCUACUACCAAGAUGCACCCUGGAACUAUGAUGCAUACACAGCGGGGCUGAGUGAAGAGGAACAGCUGGAGAGGGCAUUAAGAGCCAGUCUCUGGGACCGAGGAAAUGCCAGCAGUAACCCACCACCCUAUGGGUUUCACCUCUCACCAGAAGAAGAAAUGAGGAGACAGCGGCUUCACAGAUUCGAUGGCCAGGGCCACGGCACCGCAUCAUGA